AGAGAAUUGGGUGGCUUGCUUUAAGUGAGCUGCGGGAAGCGGAAGAGGAGAGUAGCAUUGGAAGAGACACGAAACAGCCGAGUGGAGAUGCCUGGACGACGGGAACGAGGAUUACCAUUGAACAUGGCAAGGAUAAACUGCAUGACUGUGUUGCGUUUCCUAGUUUUGUUGAUUGUAGUAAUAACGGGUUUGAAGAUGUAUCCAAUAUUCAAAACAAAGCAAUUGGACACUCCUGCAAAAGAUAGCUUUUGGAAUAAACGUGGAGGAGCAAUUACAAAUAACCAAAAACUGGAACAUGAAGAAAUCCAAACUGUACAGCAGGUAAAGGAAAUCAUAAAGGCAGAGGUGAAACCAAAGACUCGGAAACAGAAGGAUUAUGGCAUUUCAGGGAUGAGAAUUGUGCACUUGGAUCUCAAAGGAGCUGCACCAAAACUUUCAUACUUGCAACAGAUUUUUCCACUUCUGGCCAGCAUCGGGGUCAAUGGUAUACUAAUGGAGUAUGAGGAUACGUUUCCUUACCAUGAUGAACUUGAAAUUCUGAAAUCCACCUAUGCAUUCAGUUCUGCUGAUAUUGACAAGAUCCAACAGGUAGCUGAGAGCAAUAAUUUGGAGAUUAUUCCCUUAAUUCAAACCUUUGGGCACAUGGAGUUUGUUCUCAAGCAUGAUAAAUAUCGGAACCUCAGAGAGGUACAGAAAUAUCCCAAUAGCCUGAAUCCCCAUUUGGCUGACUCUCUGAUUCUGGUGAAGAAGAUGCUGUCUCAAGUACUUGACAAACAUAGCAAAUCUGGCUGGAUCCACAUAGGAGCUGAUGAGGUUUUUAAUCUUGGAGAAAGUACUGAAUCCAAACAGUGGAUCAACGAACAACGAGGAGACGUUGGAAAGAUAUUCUUGGAUCACAUAAAGCAAGUUGGCAAUUUUGUGGUCAACAAAUAUCCUGGGAUUAAGCUCAUCAUGUGGGAUGACAUGAUACGAAAGAUUAAUAAGGAAAGAAUCAUUGAAUCUGGUAUAACUGAAUAUAUUACCCCAAUGGUGUGGUUCUAUCAUCCAGACUUUAACAUUGACCAAGUAGAGACAUUUCUUGCCAAGUACAUGGACAGUGGAUUCAAGAGCAUCUGGUUUGCAAGUGCCUUCAAAGGGGCAACAGGUGUUAGCCAGAAUUGGACACCCAUCAAGUUCCACCUGGACAAUCACCUCCGGUGGCUGCAGGUGAUUAAAUCCAUCUCAAAGUUCUCAUCUCUCCGCUUUCAAGGCUUGGCAUUAACAGGCUGGCAAAGGUACGAUCAUUUCUCAACUCUUUGUGAGCUGCUGCCAGUUGCAAUUCCAUCCCUGGUGGUCUGCAUGCAAACUGUGACACAUGGUUCUUUCACAGAGAAGGUGAAAACCAAAUCACAGCAGCUUUUGGGAUUUAAAAAUAUUGACCUAGAAAAAAAUUCGAGUGAAGGUGAAGGCACAUUUGCAGGAGCUGAGAUUUAUCAAAUGGUUCAUUGGAUUACUCAAAAUCUGAAAUCUGAAGUAAUUUCUGUUAUAGAAAAUAACAGUGAAAUCAAAGGCUGGUUCAAUUGCUACAACAGGAAACACCACUUUGCAAAUCCUCGCAACAUGGAGCAUUUUGGCAGUGAAUUACACAGAGUUCACAAACAGUGGGAAGAGUACUUGGGAAACUUUCGUGCACAGAUGGAAAAUAUUUACUUUCCCGACACUGUGGAGGAAUGGAUGGAAGUGAAUGUGAACCUGUACAUGGACCCGCUUAGAGAACUUGUGAAGGACUAUAAGGAAAUUAUGGCACUAAUGGCUGUGCCAAAACAAAAUUAGAAAAUCAACAAGAAACCAAUUCAGGAAUGCACAGCCAUUGGUGGAAAAACUGGAAACCAUCCAUCUAAACUAUAUCCAGAAUGACAUAUUUUAACAAGAGAUCCAGGAUCAAAACGCAACAAAGCACAGGAACAGUGUCCUACUUCAUUGCAUUUUAUUUCAAGUUUGGAAAGAAUCUGAGCUGUUGAUGAUGAGUGGCUUCUUGCUUUUACCGGUUCUGGAUUUGAUUGUGUGCACACUGCAGAACUGAAAUGUUUACAACUCGAGCAAGUUAUAUACCUCUGCCUCACUCUUUCUUUCUAUCCAUUCCCACCUGCAAACCAUGUGGCAAAAAAGCAUUACCAGGUAUCAUUAUGAUUAACCACUGCUGCAAACUCAGCAGGUGACUUCAGAAUUGCAGAAGCAAGCAACUCACGCUAGCUAAGGUACUUGCAAAUAGUGGAAAUGCUGCUCAGAGAAUUCAAAAUUAAUAGGUAAAUCUUUGUUGUCCAGAGACAUGUUUGUUGUAAUCCUUUCUGAGGAUAUGUUAGCAAUGGACAAGGACAUGCGCUGUUAAUUACUACAUAACAGGGGAGUUGAUUGGUUUGCAGGGGAUUUACCAAGAUAUGAGAUCUCUUUUGAUUUAGUUUUUUUUUAAAUGUUUAAUUUUCACUUGUCAAUUUCUCCAUUCCAUUUGACACAAUGGAUUGUAAUAAUUUAAUCAUCUAUGUUGAUUUAUUUUAGCAAGUUUAUAGUAAGAUCUGUUGAUAUUAAUUGUGUUCUCUAUUUGCUGCUUUUGUGUGGUUUAAAUCGCUAUUUGAUAAUGGGUUGCUUAUUUAUAUUUUUAUUUAAUAAUUGUAUAUUAAAUAAUGAUGAAUAGGGUAUAUGGUCUAAGAAGGACUACUCCUUAAACUGAGGCUAAAUUACAAAAUGAAAUGAAUUGAGCUGUUUUCUAGAAUAUUAGUGUAGCUCAGUAGCUGUUAUCAGAGAGGGAUCAUCUGCAAGAGAUGCAAAGGAUGAACAAUAUAAGGGAUUCUUCUUUCAGGAACGUAGACAAAGUUUAGAUUAAAACAAGCAAGUCAAGAGUCCAGGCUCUAAGAGACACUGUUUCUUUCAAAUAUACAUAAGUGACCUUGUAGAACUGGUAUUUGCCAUUUGCACUGAAUACUUAUGCCACUUUGUAAGAUGUUGGUGGAUACAUUUGUUGUUUUGACUCUUCUACAGCUCUCCCAAAUUCCAAACCACAACUUGUAAAGUUGUAGUUUCAGUUCACACUACUUGUCACUUUUUAAAUUGCUUUAAAAGCUCUCGCCCGCAAAAAUCACUUGGGGUGCAAAGAGCAGAAAGGAUGAACUGUCAAGUAGACAAUAAAAAGAUGAAACAAGGGAAUUUUUUUUUAAGUAGCGAAAAUAGUUAUGAUCUAGAAUGCACUGAAAGUGGUGGAAACAUAUUAAAUAAUAACUUUUAAAAAUAAAGUCGAUUAAUACUUCGAUAAAGAAAUUUGGAAAAGUUUAGGGGAAAGAGCAAGGAAGUGGAAUCAAUUGGGUAGCUCAGGUACUACGAGCCAAAUGGCCAUCUUGUAUGCAGAUGGCAAUUGUUGAAAAUUUAAUUCUGGAUAUUGCCAAUAGAUUAUGAAGUAACUCCACGAAGGCUGAUGUCCCGUUACCAAGUUACCAUUUAUUUACAUGUGCAACUUGGUAACGAGAUAUUGGCCUUCGUGGAGUUAUUUCAGAUUACCUUUGUGCAUAAGUACUACUGCAUUGCAUGAAAAUUUUCUAAAGAAUAAAUGUCAACGCUAGCAUUUGAACAAUACCCAGCUCUUGUCAGAGUUCAAUUUCUCUCAGCCUAGCCCAAAGAUGGAACAGACCAGAUGUGCUGGUCUCCCAGAUCAGCCUUGGCUACUUCCUUAGGCCUGCUCCGAUAUGAAAGUAAUUUAUUUUGAAGUUCUAAAUUAGCUUUGCUUUUAAAUAGUCAGAGAAAAUGAAUAGACCAUUAAUUAAAUCACCACUAAUUGCAUACCCAGCAGCUGGUAUAUCUCCCAGGUUUUCUUUUUACCACUUCAACUAAAUAAUGAACUUUUUUUUUCAAACUCCAUUCUGGUCAAGGAUUAGCAGUGAUAGUUUUUCUCCUAGUUAACAUAUAAACUUGUUGCUACCUGGGUGGAAGUUUUAGUGAGGAGGGAAGAAAAUUGCAGGGCAAUGGGGAAACGAUGGAGGAGUGGAACUAAUUUGGAUAACUCUGCCAAAGAACAUGAUGGAGUGAAACCUGUCCUUCUGUGCAAUGCAACCAGUGAUACAUAAGAAUGACUGACUCUGGAUGGACUAUAUUUGAAAUGAUCUAAUUUCACAGUGAGGAACCAUUUGGUUUUCUGUUUUACACUCUUUCUAACACAACAGUUAAAUCUUAUUAAUACCAGAAUCAAAAUUCAUAUCUCCAUUUAAACAUCCUCUGUUAACAAUGAGCCAGUGGGAGCACCUUCUUCUAACAAUGCAGCAUAAUUUCAGAUCAGUUCCUCACACCAACAGUGUAAGUAAAGCAGAUAUAUAGACUGCACACUUCUGGCAUCCUGUGUUAACUCAAACUUAUUAUAAUUACACAGCUUUUCCUGAGGCUUUUCCCAACUGGUUGCAGCACUGUAACUACAAAACUGAUUUUAGUAAGAGCUUUCAUCUCACAAGAAAGCUUCAGAUUAAUCCAUCAUGCUAAAACACACACAAAGCUGUGUUUGCAUUUUGACAGAUGAGAAAUUCCACCAUACCAGCUGAGAUAAAUUCACAACGUUUCAAAACUAACCAAGCCAUAGCAUGGUUGAAAAGAUCAAAUCGCACUAUUUCAGUGUUAAAUGAUACUUUUAAAAAAUUGUAGGUUCUGAAUCUGCAUCAUUGCCAAAAAUAAGUUCUUUCUUGAGGCAUACUUUGUCUGUGGACAAAAUUUCACUGAAAUCCAUCUAUUUGUUUUCGAGAUAUAUCAUUUAUUUAUGACAAAUGUGAACAAAAACAUUACCUCUGCCCAUUUUCAAUGUAGAAGUAACUAGAGUCACUAGUCACAUCUGGUUUCAGUAUGGCUCAGUGUUGGCAUUCUCGCCUUAGUCAGGAAGGUGUGGAUUCAAGACCCAUUUCAAAGGACAUAUGAUCCAUAAAAACCGAAAGAACUGCGGAUGCUGUAAAUCGGGAACAAAAGCAGAAGUUGCGGGAAUAGUUCAGCGGGUCUGGCAGCGGACCCGAAAUGUUAACUCUGAUUUUUCUUCACAGAUGCCACCAGACCUGCUGAGCUUUUCCAAACAACUUCUGUUUUUGUUCCACAUAUAAUCCAGCCUGACACUCAAGUGCUGUACGGAGGCUGUUUGAGGCAUCAUUUUUUUUCCAUGAAACAUUAAACUACAUAAUAUUUAAAAUACACAUGACACAAUUUCAGAGAACGGCAAAGCAGUUCUUUCUGGUGUUCUGAUCAAUAUUUAUCCUUCAAUUAUCACAUAAAUGGAAUAUCCAGUAAUUAUCAUAUUGCUGUUUGAGGGAUCUUGCCGUGAUCAAAUUAGCUAUGUUAUUUCCAAUAUUGCGAAAAUGACAACAUUUCUAUAGAUACUUAACUGACCAUAAAGUAUGUGACAUGUUGAGAUUAUGUCUGGUGGUUUAUUAUUUCAAGUGUUUUCUUUUUCUGUUAACACUACAUAGCUGUAGCUUUGGCCAGCAUGUUUUAUUUAUAUAAAACUUGAAUGUUUGUAACAAUCUCUAGAAAUGGAGAUAGAAAGUCAAACACACUAAAAUGGCAUGAACUCUGACACUAUCCACUACUAGCACUUCAUACAAAAAAAGGAAAAGUCAUCAGCAGGUCUUGAGAGGAAGGUGAUUGCUUUUAAUAUGCACACAGCUUGGUUAGUUUACUAGGUAUGAUUUUGAAAUUAAUAGGUCAGGUAAUUAAUGCCUCUGGUACAGGGCAGGAUAGAGUACGCAUUUUACAUCAUUCCACCAAUACAUGUAAUUAUACCUUGCUUGGUAGAAACAUUUACUUUUUUUCCUAUGGUAUCAUGGGGUAUCCUCUGUUUUUGGUUAUUCUAAUGUGAUCCUGUGUUUCAGUGCAUGAUUUGUUCAUGUAUCUUCCUACAAUUUAUAUCCUGUAAUGCUGCUGUGAUUUUAAUCUUUUUGCUGUUAUACUUGUUCUCAAUAAAUAAUUUCACAAAACUGAA